GAAGUUACGCUUAUAAAUGCGACGUAUUCUGCUUCAUCCGCCAGUGAUAAAAUAGACUCCAUUACCAUAAACCCCUGAGGCUUGUUUUGAUCAUCUGAAAAAUGAAGUUUUUCAUCAGCUGUGUUCUUGUUAUCUUCUGCUCGUCUUCUGCUAUUGGUUUGCUUUCUCACGAAGCCAUCCUGAGCCUACAAAGGGACCAGGACGAUUGCGUCAGGGAAAGCGGUGUUACUCGGAGUACCGUCGAACAAGCCCAUCUCGAUCGAGUGAUACACAACGACGAGAAUAUGGCGAAAUUCGCAGCCUGUAUGCUGAAGAAAUUCAACGUCAUGUCUGACGACGGAAAGAUAAACGAAGACGUCUACUCGUACCAUCUCAUCUCCGACAAUCCAGCGAUGUUCGAAACCGCCGAAAAGUGUAAAAAGCGAACCGGCAGUGACGUGGACGAGACGGCCAGCAAAAUCAUGACCUGCUUCCUAAACUCGGACGUGUUCGUCCUUGAUCCUUACAUCGGAGUGCAUAAACGAGCUUAAGUUUUGGAGCUGAACAUGGGAAAAAAAACGUAAAUGUGUUUUUUUGCAUUUUGAAGUUUUUUUUCGAGGAACACUAUUUAAUUUACUAUUAUCUUGAGAUUUAAUUUCCAUUUGAAACUGAGAAAAAUUAUACGUAGUUUCAGAUAAAGAAAUAUAAUAAAACUCUCAAUUAUAUUUA